AUGGCUUGUUCUCAUAACAACACGAUUUGGUUCUUUUUUCUUGCAAUUUUCACCGUCUUAAUCAGUCCGGUCAUCUCUUCUCGCGUCAUGAAGCUUCCCGUCACCGUCGAGUCUCCCUCUACCAUUAAUUCCUACUGUGAGAGCUGGAGACUGGCCGUUGAGACCAACAAUGCCAUAACAUGGAAGGUGGUUCCAUCCGAAUGCGUUAGCUAUCUUGAAACCUAUUACAACAAAGGUCAGUUCGACAAUGACUACAAUGUAGUCGCUCGUUACGCCCUCGACUUCGCUAAAACGGUCAAGAUCGGCGGAGACGGUAAGGACGCAUGGGUCUUCGACGUCGAUGAGACUCUUCUCUCGAACCUCGACUACUACAAGGCUCAUACUUACGGGGCUGAGCCGUUCAACUCGAAAGAGUUCAAUGAGUGGGUGGUACAAGGUACAACCCCAGGUUACGUUGCGAGUUUGAAACUGUACCAAGGUCUCAAGAAACUUGGUUUCACUAUCAUUCUGUUAACGGGCCGAGACGAAGCCCAGAGGAGUGUUACCGAGAAAAAUCUCGAAGACGCGGGUUAUUCCGAUUGGGAUCAGCUCCUUUUGAGGGGUCAUGAAGAUCAAGGGAAAGCAGCUACACAGUACAAAUCAGAGCAGCGAUCAAAAAUGGUUAAGAAAGGCUUCAGACUCCAUGGAAAUACUGGCGAUCAAUGGAGUGACCUGCAAGGUUUUGCCGUGGCUGAUCGUUCUUUCAAAGUCCCAAAUCCAUUAUACUAUAUUGCUUGA